GUCAUUGAUGCUCGGCUCUUGCCACGAUGCUAUUGGGAUGGUCUGGAGUAUCCUGGCUCGCCACGCUGGCAGGCUGGCAGGCUGGUCGCGACGGGCCAAGCCAGCCAGCCCAGCCGUCAAUGCUCGUCACGCUGCGAUGCCAUCAUGCAGCUGUGAUAUGCUGACGAGAGACAUUCCCAUUCUUUCAGCCACUCUAAUACACAGUAAUAAGCACUCGCUUGACCGUUGACAAGCCUCUGCUACUCUUCUGUGCAACGUUAUAUCCACGAGACUUGCUCUCGCAACUUGUGCCUACUGGCCUGCGCCGUGAGAUCAACGUCUCGCCCGCAGGUGGUGUGCGGGAACUCUGACCUGCCCGUCAUGGCAACGGGGUGACCUGCUGCCGGAGAGGGUGUGCUGUGGGCGACAGCUUCAUAGGCGUGCAAGCGUGCCUGCAGCCCUCGGAACCCCUCGCCGAGACCUUGCAUGUCUGAGAUUGGAGAUGAACCGAGAUACCCCCAACGCUCAUGACCACGAUGCUGUCAGCAGAUCGCCAAGACCCCGUCACGAUGAGCCGAACUCCGGCAACACGCGUGCACAUGAGCUGAAGCCGCAUUGUCUGCACUGUAGAAGUGCAGACCCACCACUGGGACCCUGGGGGGCCAAGCAAUCAGAUUCGUCGCCAUCGCCGACGAGAACAAGACGGCGUGAUCCAUUUUACUCUGCUCUGCUCGGGUAAUGGAUUUGAGUUGGUGGCUGCUUGUUUCAUAGGUCCCAAGACAAGACCCCGCGUCAUCCACCCGCGCCUCCCUGGGCUCAGAGCUGCCAAAAGGUGGGGUUAUAAGCUCCAAGGGAUGCCGUCUCAGCCUCACCUUGCUUGUUCGUCCGUGUGAAUCCCUCAACUCAUAUGUGUGGUCUCAUAUUCACGGUAGACAUGACUCUCAUCGACCUCUCCGUCAAGCCGACCUCCCACAACCCGGUCAAGCCCGUCGACAUCCGCUUCGAACAUCAUCCCAAUGGCUUCGGCUUGGGCACUGACAAGCCUCGCUUGUCAUGGCGGCUGUCCGCCAGCACUCUGCCCCACAACUGGAUGCAGAAGAGCUAUCAGGUCCAGAUCAGGAGGCACACAGACAACACCUCGGCCCAGAAGCUCAACGUGCAGACAUGGCGCGUCCCCUCCGACAACUCCGUCCUGAACCAGUGGCCCAGCCAGCCCCUCCAAUCCCGUGAGACCGCAUCGGUCCGUGUCCUGGCGUCCGGCCACUCGCUGCCGGAUCGCCCGGGCCCAGUUGCGAACCCGGACCUGUCCGUGUGGAGUGAUUGGCAGGAUGUCGAGGCCGGGCUCCUCCACGCCUCGGACUGGAAGGCCAAGUUCGUCACCUCGACCGAGCCACCGCCCAAGGACGGCGUCCCCCACCGGCCCACGCUGUACCGCAAGGAGUUCACCCUGGAGCCCAAGAGCAAGCACACCCGCGCGAGGCUGUACAUCAGCGCCCUGGGCCUGUACGCCGCCUCCAUCAACGGACGGCGGGUCGGCGACCUGCACAUGGCCCCCGGGUGGACCAGCUACCACCACCGCCUGCAGUACCAGGUCUUUGACGUGACGGACCUGCUGCACGAUGGCAAGAACGUCAUCGGCGUCGAGGUCGCAGAGGGCUGGUACGCCGGGCGGCUCCUCUGGGUCCCCGGGCUGCGCAACCUGUACGGCGACAAGCCCGGGUUCAUCGCCCAGCUUGAGACCCAGGAUGACAGCGGGUGCUACGACCACGCCGCCCAGGUCGUGUCGGACGACUCGUGGGUUUGCCACCCUUCGCCGCGGCUGAGCUCGUCUAUCUACGAUGGGGAGGUCUACGAUGCGCGGGAGGAGCUCUCGGACUGGUCUAGCCCCGAGUUUGACGCGGCUGGUUCUUGGGAUGCGACUCGCAUCCUGGAGGUGGACCUUGAAAAGGUUCGGCUCUUCUCGCCUGACGUACCCCCUGUGCGGGUAACGCAGACAGUGGGAGUGGUAGACAUUUUCAAUAGCCCAAGCGGUAAGGUGCUGGUGGAUUUCGGACAAAACCUGGUGGGCAGGGUCAGGAUCCACGGCCUCCAGAAGCCCAAGGGCCACCAGCUACAGAUCAGGCACGCCGAGGUGCUGGAAAAUGGUGAACUUGGGACGAGGCCCCUCCGGAACGCCAAGGCGACUGACAAGUACAUAUUCUCGGGCGACGAGAGGUCAAAAUCGUCAUGGAGCCCCGAGUUCACCUUCCACGGGUUCCGCUACAUCGAGCUCACGGGGGUGUCGGCGGACGAGCUGAGCAAGGACAACCUCUGCGCACUGGUGCUACACUCGGACAUGAGGCGGACGGGCCACUUCAGCUGCUCCGACGAGCUCAUCACCAAGCUGCACGAGAACGUGGUGUGGGGGAUGCGCGGCAACUUCCUGUCGGUGCCGACCGACUGCCCGCAGCGCGACGAGCGGCUGGGGUGGACGGGCGACAUCCAGGUGUUCUCGACGACGGCGUCCUUCAUCUACGAGAGCGCGGGCCUGCUGGCCAACUGGCUGCAGGACCUCUGGCUCGACCAGUCGACCAACGGCGGCGUGGUCCCCUGCGUGGUCCCCGACGUGCUGCGGGGCCACUCGGGCCAGGACCCGAUCCCCGAGGCGGUCUGGGACGACGCGGCGGUGCUGGUGCCGUGGAACGUCUACAACUGGUCCGGCGACGCCGACGUCCUCCGGCGGCAGUGGCCCAGCAUGCGCGCGCACGUGGACCAGAGCAUCCGGCGCGGGCCCGACGGCCUCUGGGACGAGGAGACGUUCCAGUUCGGCGACUGGCUGGACCCCAACGCGCCGACGGAGCAGGCCGACUUUGCGCGGACGGACGGGACCAUGGUCGCGGACGCGUACCUGGUGCACGUCACGGGCGUGAUGGCCGAGGCCGCGGUGGUCAUCGGCGACGCGGGCAGCGCGGCGCGGUACGGCGCCGACCACGAGGUGCUCCGCCGCCGGUACCAGGACAAGUACGUCAGCCCCGCGGGCCUGGUGGUGGGCGACGCGCAGACGGCGCUGGCGCUGUCGAUCCGGUUCGGGCUGCUGGACAAGACGGGCGCGGCGGGCCGGCGGCUGGCGCGGCUCACGCGCAAGGGCGGGCUGCUGGUCGCCACCGGGUUCGCGGGGACGCCCGCGGUGCUGCACGCGCUGGCCGAGAGCGGCAGCCUCGACCUGGCGUACGGGAUGCUGCAGCAGAGGACGUGCCCGAGCUUCCUGUACCCGGUGACGAUGGGCGCCACCACGGUCUGGGAGCGGUGGGACAGCAUGCUCCCCGACGGGAGCAUCAACCCGGGGAGCAUGACGAGCUUCAACCACUACGCGCUCGGCAGCGUCGCCGAGUUCCUGCACGCCGUCGUCGGCGGGGUGAGGCCCCUGCGCGCCGGGUGGGCCGAGUUCCUGGUGCGGCCGCGGCCCGGCGGGGGGCUGAGGCACGCCGAGGUCAGCUACGACGGCCCGCGCGGGAGGGUUGCCGUGCGGUGGGAGGUGGGCGAGGCCGAGGAGGACGUGGCUGCUGCUGCUGCUGCUGCUGGUGGUGGCGCGGGCGCGACGAGGGCGUUCCAGCUCAGGGUGGAGGUCCCGCCCAACUCGAGGGCGCUGGUGGUGCUCCCCGGGCAGGAGGGGGAGGGCGACGGGGAGUGGGUCGGGAGUGGGAUCCACGAGCGGGUCGGGCUGAUUCCGGCGUAGGUCCGGCCGGGGGUGGCUGGCUGGCUGGC